UUCGAGUUUAUUCAACAGUCUACCGUGUCGCGUCAACCUCGCCAAGUUCCACCACACCGCUUGGACUUUUCAGACACCAAACUUCUCCUGGAGAAAAUAUCCACCAACACUGGACAUCAUUGAUUUAAAACAGGCUGUUGGGGAAGUGUUGUACUGUGGAAAGCUCGCGCGCCGCGGAUGUUGCGCUUUGUAUCCUGAUUGCAAAACAAACCUCAAAAAACACACGGAAGCUCUGAGCGCAUUCACUAAUCGCCCAGGGUGAUGGAGGGAGAAGGGGAGUUGUUGGACCUGAGUCACCUGUCAGAGGCAGAGCAGUCUUCCAUCUUGGAAGUGUUGCUAAGGGACUCUGAGCUGCGUUCCCGUGAUGAAGGUCGUUUAAGGGCCCUGAAGCAGAAAGAGGCAGACCCAGUGCGUUUGAGGUCACUGUCAGGGGUGUGGUUUAAUGAGGAGAGAAGCAAACGCCACCGAGACACGAAGAACGGCGUUGACAUCGUACAGGCCUCCAUACGACGCAGGAAGCCAAGAACAGAUUUGCCUCUGAGUGGGGUGUUUAACGGGCAGACAGAAGAUGCUCCUCCCACUAACAACAAAGACCCAACUUCUCAGAUAAAUGACAAUUGAGUGGCAGUAUGAUGAGUCUGUUCAGUUCGGGGGAGUUCGGAGCAGUGGAGGUGAAAGGGCGUGUCCUAUUCUCAUUGGACUAUGACACUCAGAGGGAGGAGCUGCAGAUCAGAGUGUGUCGCUGUGAAGACCUGGCCGCCGCACGCAAGAACCACUCCGACCCGUAUGUGAAGGCAUAUCUCCUGCCUGAUAAGUCAUCUCACAGUAAGAAGAAAACAUCAGUGAAGAAAAAGACUCUCAACCCAGUCUUUGACCAGACACUGAAAUAUAAGAUCAGUGUGUCAGAGGUGCGUGGAAGGACUCUGAACCUGUCUGUGUGGCACGCUGCCCCCCUGGGCAGAAACCUGUUCCUAGGAGAGGUGGAGCUUGAACUGGCUCACUGGGACUGGAAACAUACACGCUCUGACUGGUACCAGCUACAGCCACGGGUCCAGUGUAGUCCAGAGUCUAUCAGUAGUCGAGGAAACAUCCUGCUCUCUAUCAAGUUCAUCCCAGUAGGGUCCGAGGGUGGAGGUCUACCUCUAACAGGGGAGCUACACAUCUGGCUGCGGGAAGCGCAGGGUCUUCUCUCCACCAAAGGGGGUGCCGUGGACUCCUUCAUCAAGAGUUACGUGCUGCCGGACACCAGCCGGUCGAGCGGUCAGAAGACACGCGUGGUUAAGCGGUCGGUCAGUCCGACCUACAACCACACCAUGGUGUAUGACGGGUUCCAGCCUGCUGACCUGAGAGAGGCCUGUGCUGAGCUGACUGUCUGGCACCGUGAAGGGUUAAAAACACACCUGCUGGGAGGGGUCCGACUCAGCCGUGGGACAGGUCUAAGCUACGGAGUGGCAGUGUGUUGGAUGGAUUCAACAGAGGAAGAAGCAUCUGUGUGGAACUCCAUGAUCCUGAACCCCAACCACUGGAUGGAUACUACACUACCUAUCAGAACUAACCUGGCUGACCGCCCAGAAUAACACACACACACUACACUUCCCACCAGAAUCUGUACAUAUAAAAGGUAGUGCUGCUGGUAGUAUGUGUUGGGUUGUGUUGCCUACAGUAGGAUACGUAUGGGUAUAGUUUUAGCCUACCUGUAUGGCUAGUUUUAGAGACCCAGAUCAAUCAAAUUCAUUUCAGUUAGGGCAGUGUAGGGCUAUUGUUUUAAAUUAGGAUAGGGUCAGCUAUACUUCCUCAAGCCUAGCUAGUGGUUUAUAAAUGCCCAAUCGAUCACGGUUGAAUUGCACAAUAAUAAGGAACUAGAAAGAGGAAACUAGGGGGAGGAAAUGCAUAUGACAGUGUGUUAGUUAACAAAGACAUUAACUCGUUAUGUUAAAACUGCUGUAUAAAAUGUGUAAUCUAAAAACUUGUGUCAUACAUAUGUCAAGUAAACAAUUUAGAGUAUUUGAGCUGCACUUAAUUUAGCUUGGAGUUGGUACUUUUUGGACUAUUCCACAGUAUGAGUCAUAAUAGCGAUAACCUAGCUGUCAAACAAGGAAAUGGUUCCAAUUGUUUUUCCACCAUUUAUUUUUCCCAUAGAGGAUUUUAGAAACACUUAAAAUAAGGGCUGUGUUUUGUGUAGAUUUACCCUGGCGUAAUGUUUUGAUAACCGUCUAAAUCUCUUUCGGACAAGGUGACUUUUAUCAAUAUAUUUUCUUGAAUUUACCCCCCCCAAAAUGAAAUGAUAAUUAGUUGCUAAUGUGGGUGUCAUAAAGAACUACAAAUGCCAUGAUGAUCUGGACGAGACUGCCAAAUCGAGAAUCUAAGGGAUUAACUGUCUAAUGUUGGCUAAAUGUAGUAAUGAAUAAAUUGGCUACAUUUCUUUAAAUUGACAUAUUCUGUGAACUGUCUUGUGCAAGUUUUUAAUGGCACAAUACCUGUUAGCAAAGGUGUCAGCUAGGGAUAAAAUGCAGGAGCUUGUAGGGAUUUGUAGUCUUGCAUGUUUACUUUUAUGCUAAUGUGCAUUUUCGUAUCUGAGUGGAAUAUAUUGACAAGUCAAUUUGGCCAGGAGAGAUUUAGAUGGUUAUCAAAACAUCACGCCACGGUAAGCCUACACGAAACGCAGCCCUUAUUUUAAGUGUCUCUAAAAUCCCCUAUGGAAAAAAUGAAUGGUGGAAAUAUGAUUGAAACCAAUUCCCUGUUUGGGUUUUGUGGGUAUUCUGACACCUCCACCGUUUAGACUUCAAGCCCAAAACUCAGGUAUUUGACUAAUAUAUUAUGACGCAGUUCUGGUUCUCUGUUGUGAAGUUAAAUUAACUGUACGAAUCAACCUUUAUGAAUGUUUCUGUGUAAUAAUGGUAUUGUACAUUAUCAAUUAAAUAUCAAUACCUCGAUUAAACUACAGUUUUGUAAUCUCGUGGACAGA